AUGGGAAAAAAGAAAGCUAAUUCACAUUUUUGUGCAGCAGAGUUGUUCGCAAAUUACUUCAAUCGAUUGAUUCAAUUGAAAAUGGAGCUCAAAAAUUUACUCAAAGAUAAGAAAGUUUGGUUCGCAUCCUUCUUGAUUACUUGGGCCGCUGCACUCCAGGGCCAUAUGAUGUGGUUACAAAAGCAGGAUUCUUUUAAGCAGAAAUUUGGGAAUUUGGAUGACAAUGAUGAUCAAAGAAACUUGAAUUAAAUGCUAUUACCCUCGGGUACUAUAGAUUAGGAAUUGGAAGGCUUGAUUCUGCAGCUAACAUCAAUCAGUUUGUAGUAUUGUCUGAUUGUGCUUUCGUACACUUGAUGUUUUUUGAUCAAAGACGAUCAAUAUCUCUCAUGCAGAAAGAUGAACGAAUGCAAUCUGUAACCUGCAACCUGUAGUCCUCAUCAGCUUGAAUGUGUUAUGUCCAUUUUUGAUCCUGAUGGCAGUUUAUUGUUGGCGCUGUACCUUGUAAUUGAGAAUAAAUCUUAUUCAUGUUCAUAGAAGUUCAAAUUAUUCUCUUAUAAUGA